AUGGGACAAUUAAAUCUCCUUGCAGCCAUGGUUUUGUCCAUGUGCUGUGACUUUCAGUUUGCGUUAGCUUGGACCGUGAAUAAUUUCCUCAUGACUGGACCUAAGGCUUUUCUGACCUACGCCAGCAGUGUGCAAGUGGGCGCCCAAAGUGGAAUACAAGAGUGUAAACACCAGUUUGCGUGGGAGAGGUGGAACUGCCCAGAGAGCACGCUCCAAUUAUCCACACACAACGGCCUUCGAAGUGCUACGAGGGAGACGUCUUUUGUCCAUGCCAUCAGCGCGGCCGGAGUGAUGUACACGCUCACCAAGAACUGCAGUAUGGGUGACUUUGACAACUGCGGCUGCGAUGACUCCAGAAUUGGACAGACAGGUGGCAGAGGAUGGAUUUGGGGAGGUUGCAGUGAUAAUGUGGCGUUUGGAGAGAAGAUCUCCAAACAGUUUGUGGACGCGCUGGAAGAUGGGCAUGAUUCGCGCGCAGCAGUCAACCUGCAUAACAACGAGGCAGGCAGACUGGCAAUCAAAGCUACCAUGAGGAGAGCCUGUAAGUGUCACGGAGUGUCUGGGAGCUGCAGCAUCCAAACCUGCUGGAUGCAGCUGGCCGACUUCAGAGAGGUGGGUAACUACCUGAAGAUGAAGCACGAGCAGGCAAAGAAACUGGAGAUGGACAAGAAGCCCGCCAGGGCUGGGAACAGCGCGGACAACAGGGGAGCCAUCGCGCACGCUUUCCGCAGCAUCGCUCGGACGGAGCUCAUUUACCUGGAGGAUUCUCCGGAUUACUGCGUCAAGAACCAGAGUAUGGGAUUUCAGGGCACCGAGGGGCGGGAGUGUCUGAAGGGUGACAAGAACAUGUCCCAGGGGGAGCGAAAGAGCUGCCGCCGGCUGUGCUAUGAAUGCGGCCUCAGAGUGGUAGAGAAGCGCGUUGAGGUUGUCAGCAGCUGCAACUGCAAAUUUCACUGGUGCUGCACGGUGAAGUGUGACAAAUGCACGCAAGUUGUUACCAAAUAUUACUGUGCGCGUAAAGAAAGUGGGAGGAAACCCCAUAACAAGACGAAGCGCAGGCACCAUGCGCGCCGGCACUGA